GCUUUUAAAGCUGUUUUGUUAUUUUAAUAAUUAGACAAAUGUUAAAAGCACUUCAAUUUUUAUUUUUUUUUAUUUUUUUAAGACAGCAUCUUUCAGAAUUUUUACCAUUCCUUGGUUCACUUGUAACUCCGUUUAAACGUUGUGCUUUUGUUUCAAUGAACGAAAUAUGAUAUAACUUUGUUUUCCUCAACUUUGCGGCUGAUUUUAAUCUCCAGUUCUCGACGUUAAUUCGCGCAUUAAUUCGCAACAAUUUCAAUUCCUAGAACCGAUUAGAUAAAUUCUCUGACUAAAUUAAUACGGAAUGUAGAUUAAUUUUUUUAUUCGCGUUUAUCAUCCGAUAUUACAAGCCUCGCGGUUUCUUGAGACUUAGAAGUGAGUGGAAACUGCGCGAAGGACGGCCGAAGAAAGAGAGACGAAAACCACAAGAGGGAAAAAGAGAGCUUUGCUUACGUUCGCGAAUUAUUCCACGACGUCGCGUUAAUAACAGGAGUGGUUAAAUAACUAUACCGUUCGUCGGAGAAAAACAGUAUCACCCAGUAGCUCCUCGCCGCUCUAGAUCAUAAAUUAACGCAUCAAUAAGAACCGCCGCCGCCUCCUCCCCUCUCUCGUGUCAUGACCCCUUCUACGAUCAUGACUGUGUACAUCUUCUCGUUCAGUUUAUGACGAGCUCACUAACGUGAAAAGGUUGUCCAAUUUUAUCUCGCGCUCACCGUCACCGAGGAGACAGAAUUGCAAUUGUGUACUAACAUACGCACGAUACUACGAUAAAUGAUAAAAGUUGCCUUUAGAUAAAGACCAAGUCAAAAGCAAACAAAGAAGGAAAUUGCUAUCCUGUUGAGCGGGCUGCAAAUAAAAGCGAGUGACUCAUCGGAGGAGGUUCGACCACGAGAAUGAAAUACUUCGCAUGCUUGCUGACACUAGGAGUGUUGGCUCUAGCAGCCUUCGCCGCCAUCAAGAAUGACGCGUCGUCGAUCGACUUGGCCAGACAGACCUUGCUACAGUUGGAAAAGGAUCUUAGGAAGGAUCUGUCCAACCAACAGAAGUGGAUGAACGUCGAAGAGCGAGAGAAAUACCUGCAUCUGGUCAAGGCGUACAAGAGAUUUGUCAAUCAGAUGGACGAGCAAUUCCCCCAGGAUUGGAAGAACUACCUGAGCGGCUUAGAUUCCCUGUGGAUUUGGGCUCGGGCCAAGGAGGAAAUCAAAGGCAUCAAUGGCCUGUACGGGAUAUUCCGGCAGAUACUGCGCGAGAUCGUCGAGCUGAACGCUCCGAUCAACAUGAAACAGCUGACAAAUUUGGCCGAGAUGAUCCUGAGGGAUCCGAACGCCGCGAUCCCGAGAGCGCUCGAUCGUAUCGCGUCUAUGAUCAUCAAUGAAAGAUUGUUCAUCGAGGCUUAUCAGGAAGCGUCGAACCAAAUAUGCAAUGAGAUGCAAUCGCCGCAGCAACUGCUGUACAAUUUGUAUAAUACCGUGGCGCUGACGGAGAUCAAGGGUUACACUAUGAUUCAAUUCUCAUAUAUGCUAUUACGUCUGUACAACGAAGGCCACAACUUCAGCGAGGAAAUACAGACACUGAAAAAUCAAUAUGCAAUAAGAACGUCCGAUACGUUGAGAGCUGUAAAAACCGCAAUGGCAUUCGCCCCGAGAAAUAUGUGGAGAUGCGAUCCUGGUGUGCAUAAGGAAGAUGAAACCUAUACAGAGUUGAAGCAAUUGUUCCAAGGAUUUAUUGUAAACGAAGUGGAUUUAAACAGUGAGAGCACAUGCAAGGAAAAUUGCGCUUAUUAUAGCUACACUAAGAUGUACGGUUGCUACCAAAAUCAGUUUUGCGCGAAGCAACGUCAAUGUAAGGGAAAGGUAUUGAAUUGCGAGUACAUUGAUUCCGACAUGUGGAUUUGUCCCUCGGAAAGAAACAGAACUAGGCGAUACGAAUAUAUCGAGUAUGAAAAUGGUUAUCAUUAUGGAACUGUAAAUGUAUGUCCUAAACCAACAAUUAAAGUCGAUAGCUGGUGGCGGUGGCUCUUCUGGCAUUGCAGCUACUGUUUUUGCUAUUGCGACGAUCAAAACUCCAGCUCCGAUCGUUAUUUCAGUCUACGAUCGGUAAAGUCCGACAUCUCGAACAAUAAAGUUAUAACAGGGAUAAGAUUGAAGAAAGUAAAUCGAGUAAUUUAUAUACAAAUCCAAGAGGGUCAGCUACUUCCACGUGGGGAAAUUAAUUCAUCCACUAUUGACUGGCAACCGAUCGAUGCCUUUUCAAUUAUGGAUUCUAACGUUAGAAGCGGUGUCGACUAUCAUACAAUGAUAUGGGAAAAGCGCGCCUUGGAUCUUGAUGAACUAACAUCGUCGCAGGAUCAUUUACUGACAGGCAUUCGGUUCCGAAUGGUUGGUAGUCGCCUCAACUUGGAAAUAAUGAUAACUCCAUUCAACUUUACAUCCGGAUUGUUAAUACACCCUGAGGAAAAGAGUUUCUGGCAUAGCAAUGACGUGACCGACAGAACCGAGCUGGAAUACGCCGAACCCGACAUACCGAUUCGCAAUCGUGUGCCGAACGUACCGGACACUGGGGAGAAUCAAUAUUUGAACUUUGCACCGAGUGAUCGACGAAAAGACGCUGCACAAAGCACGAUUCCCUUCCUCGACGUUCAACCGGUCGUACCGAAUCCGCCGGUGCCACUCGCGGGCGCCGGUAUCUAUCACAAGGGUCGAAAGGGUUCGGGCGGAUUUGUCGCCCUGAAAGUGAUUACCUACGACUUUGCACCGCACCUGCAAGUCGACCUGCCACCGGCACCGCCGGUUCUCGAUAGUCCAAAUGAGAUAAAAGCCUCGUAGAGUCCUUUAUAUAGUCAAAUAUUUUAUCGAAAUAACUAUUAAAGAACCUGUGAUUUGCUGACGACCUCAAUAACGUAUUGAGGUAAAAGCGAAGAUAUGUAUCGAGAUAUUGCAUAGGAAAUGUUGACUUUCAGAAGUUUGUGCUUUAGGAGAAAAACGAAAUUUCUUAAUAAAGCACGAGACAAAAAUAAUAGACAUUGAAAUAUUUAGAAAAUGAAACAUGAAAGUAUGUUUUUUAUCUUUAAUCCUCUCCAUUUUUAAAUUCCACUUACUUGCAUUCAAUCAUGAAGUACGAUUACGAAAGCGACUUUUAUUUCUAAAAAACGUGAAAAACGUAAUCUUUUUCAAUUACGUAUAUUUUGGUGUCUUGGAAAUUAUUUGAUUGAAAUACAAAAUCGUUUAUGUGAAAUGUAAAAACGACAUUUCUUAUGCAAUUGACAGUAAUCGUAUUUAAGUCCUAUACUCUUUGUAAUUACGUAUAAAUUUUUUUUAUUAAAUUUAUUAUACUCAUUAUUACGAAAUUCAUCGUUUGCUAAUGUAUCGUUAUCCAAAUAAUUAAUCAGUAACUUAUAUCGUCAAUCUUAAAUUCGUUAAAAGAUUUUACUUAAUGAUACUGAACAAUCAUUCUAGAAAUAUUUAAAAUGCAAAUUGUAAACAAAAUUAAAGCAACUUUUAAAUCUU